AUGCUUCAGAACGACUACGGCUACUCCCAUUACCAGGUGCAACCACAGCAUCACCAGCACAGUGGUGAGCGCCCGAAGCUUUUUGCAGCUUGUGCACCCGAACAACAUGACGCCGCAACAUCAUAUGCAGACGCCUCAGCAUCAGCAGACCCGCACCAGCAGCAGGGUGACUUUGAUCAUGAGCCCAUCAUCAUAAACAUGCAGCACCCUGGACAGUACUAUGCACCACCACCUAUGACGGCGCAGAUGCUUCAGGUGUCAACCGACUACAACUCGGGCAGCUCCGUGGGUUGCGCCACGCCUUCGCACUCGGGAUCCAAGCGCUCGCGUGAGGAGCUCAAUAUGAAGGAGAAGAAACGAAUGUUCAAGCUCAAUGAUCGAAUCAAUCAGCUCAAGUCUUUGCUUGAUGAAGCCGGUGUGCAAUCCAAGAAAAACAAACAGUCGAUCUUGGACAAUACUUUUCAUUAUGUUAGUAUGCUUCGCAGCAAUCUUCUCAUCGCAAAGCAGAAGGCUGAGCGUGCUGAGAAGCAGGCUGACAGUUUUCGAUUCCAGGCGCAAAGUGGCAACCCCAUGGAUAGUGUUUUCAAGCGGUGCUUCGAUCAGUCUUCGACGCCGCGUCUUGUUGUAGACCAGAACAUGCAGUUGAUGGCUGCUAACUCGGCCUUUUUGUCACAGACCGGUCUGACCGAGGAAAAUCUAAUGGACGGCAACACGCUUCGCUCCUGUCUCUGUUUGGACAGCAGCAAGCUUAAUGCCAUUGUGCAGUCGGUCAGCAGUAGCAUGAAGCCCAUUAGCGCUAUUGUACAGGCGCAGGGAGUGGGAAACAACGUUGUGACACUCACACUCCUGGCGUCAGUUCUAACAGACGACAACAACUUCAUGACUGCCAUCGAGUUUAGCCUUGUGCCUUUCGAGAUUUCGUCCGAGUUUUCGAGUCCGAGUGCUGGCAGCUAUAUGAACGAGGUCAAGCAGGACAUGCGUAAGGAGUCUAGCCCUUCGGGCGUCAGUGACCUGGCGGUGUAA